GGUAGCACAAACCCAACUCUCCUCCCGACCACAAUGACGCUGGAUAACUAACCCGGAAACAGCGGCAGCAAAUCGCCUUUCUUCCCCGCUGAGUUGAGUCGCCGCUUCCAGCGUGGUUAUCCAGCGAGCAUCAAGAGGCUGACCUCUGCUGGAGGACUGUGACCCGGGGCCACCUGCCAGGCCGGGUUUCCCUGCUCCUGACUGCAAGUCGCAGAGCUCCACUGCUGGUACCAUAACAUGGGGAACCUUCUGAAAGUUUUGACAUGCACAGAUCUGGAACAGGAGCCCAACUUUUUCCUCGAUUUUGAAAAUGCUCAGCCCACAGAAGCGGAGCGAGAGGUGUGGGAGCAGGUGGACGUAGUGCUGAAGGAUGCAAAGGCCAUCUUGGAUGAGCUGCAGGCCUACAAAGGAGCAGGGCAGGAGAUCAGAGAGGCGAUCCAGAAUCCAAACGACGAGGCUUUACAGGAGCAGGCGUGGGCGGCCGUAGUUCCUUUGGUGGGCAAACUGAAGAAGUUCUACCAGUUUUCCCAGAGAUUAGAGGCAGCAUUGCACAGCCUUCUGGGAGCUCUGACCAGUGAGACUUACAACGACUCAACUCAACACCUGGAGCGGGAGCAGGCACUGGCCAGGCAGUUCGCCGAGAUCCUGCACUUCACCCUGCGCUUUGACGAGCUUAAGAUGACAAAUCCUGCCAUUCAGAACGACUUCAGCUACUACAGGAGAACGCUGAGUCGGAUGCGGAUCAACAACGUACCGGCAGAAGGCGAGAACGAAGUCAACAAUGAGCUGGCCAAUCGGAUAUCUCUGUUCUACGCCGACGCCACCCCCAUGCUGAAGACGUUAAGUGACGGCACAACGAAGUUUGUGUCAGAGAACAAGAACCUGCCCAUUGAGAACACGACGGACUGCUUAAGCACAAUGGCGAGUGUGUGUAAAGUCAUGCUGGAAACACCGGAGUACCGGAGCCGCUUCACCAGCGAGGAGACGGUGUCGUUCUGCCUCAGGGUGAUGGUUGGAGUAAUCAUCCUGUACGACUACGUCCAUCCUGUAGGAGCAUUCGCCAAGUCAUCCAAAAUCGACAUGAAAGGCUGCAUCAAAGUCCUCAAAGAUCAGCCCCCCAACAGCGUCGAAGGCCUUCUCAACGCUCUCAGGUACACGACCAAGCAUCUGAAUGAUGAGUCCACAAACAAGACUAUCAAGAGCAUGCUGCAGUGAGACUGAGCUGCUACCGCUGCUGCAGGGAGAAGACACCACUUACUGUCCCGGCUGAUGUUGCUGCACAGAAUGUCAUUUUUUGUUUGUUUCAUUGGAAAAAGAGCUCAGCUCCGCCCUCUUUUAUAAUGCAAAGUGCUACUGCCAUUAUGAACGUCUUUUUCAUUUUUUUUUUCUGUGCCAAACUGAUGUUGCUGAAAUGUGAUGUUUUUCAAAAGAAGGCCAUGCAACAAUGGCAGCUCAUGAAAACAUCGCAGAUCCUCCGGUGAUUUUUUUUUUUUUUUUUUUUUAAACGUCUUGUUUUUCCCUGUUUAAGGGAUGGGAGUGCUUUGACUUGAAAAAUUAAGAGAGAGAUAUAUAGAGAAGUAUAUAUUUUUGUUUGAUUGGUUAUUUAAUUACGUCCUCUGCAUGAUGAAAAUAUUUUUUUUCCUUCUAUUUAAAGAAAAACCAACGGUUUAAUUUGUCUGCUCUGUUGUGCAUUUAUCAAAUGUUGUGUUAUUGAAAUGGUACUUUCAAAAUGAAAUUUAAGAGUACUGUUUUUAUAUUUUUUAUAGGUUUUAAUUUGUGCGUAUGUCCUUUUUUUUCAUGAUUGUGUUGUAUUUUUCAUUUGAAAACUUUAAACUGUGAUAUGUGCAAAAUCAAAUUAAAAUCUGUAGCCUCUACUGUAAAUGUACAGUAUGAUGCGGCUGGAGACAUUAAAAGGAGAACUCUUGUUUUCUACACAA